UCGGCAAGUCAUUUAGUGCAAACGCCACAUUGAGAGCAACGUUCAUCAAACUCAUCUUCUUGUUUGAGGCAAGACAUAAUCUGUAAGUGACUAAAUAUGCUGUAAAUUUACUCUUACUGCUGUACCUUUAUGUUUAAGGUCAUUCAUGUAGAAGACUUUUUUCUUUACUAAUGAGCACAAGCUAGUUUGGCUAGGUGUGUCUUGCCCCACUCGUACAUGUUUAUUUGGUGGUACACAUUUAUUAACUUGCAUGAUAAUUUCACUUAGUACAUUGAUACAAAUACUAAUGUAUUUGUUUUGCAGUUUUAGUGAAAAAAUUCAAAGUAAAGACUGACCAUAUAAUUUCGCCAAGCGUUGAGAUGUUCCACAUAGUCCUUGAACGCACCAUAGUUAGGUGAGGUAAAGUGAAAGUGAAUAUACAGUACGUUAGUAGUUUAUACAGUGGAACUUUGGUUAGCGUCAUUAAUUCGUUCCAGAAGGUCUGACUCCAACCAAAACGUACACUAACCAAAUACACUAAAUGUUUCCCAUUCCCUCCCCUCGCUUGGGGUCAAAAUGCUUUGGAAGACAUGCUAGCAUACAUGUAAUACAGAUAUUGUCGAAGUUUUUUUGAUUAUUAUACAAAUGCUUAAUGACUUAUGGAAAAUUAGUCUCAAAUUUUGCAUGUUUUGCUUGAUGGCGGCCACGUUUUUCAACCAAACUUGCUUUAACUUUCACAUGUGUUAAUCAGUCGUCUAAAGGCGUGUACCAGGUGUGUGGUGAUUCGGCUAAACACCUGAACAUUACAGUAGGUUGUUUUGUAGAGCUGUGCAGUAGAAGAGUUAGCUCCCAUGACUGCAUGUGAUGUUUAAUUCAUUGUGUUUUCAAAGUGAAGCUUGACUCAACCAGGACAAACUGUUUACCAGCAUACACGCAAAUUAGCUUAAUUAUAACAACUAUUCACAACAAAACUUCCUCCCUGUUAUGCUUUCUGUAACUGCUCUAACCAGUUAGCCUUUUCUUUAUUCCUUCUGGAAGUCCCGCAAUGAGUCUCUCUAGCUUCCCAUCACCUUCAUCAUCUUCACCACUCGUCAUCGUCAUCUACAGUCAGCAGCAGCAUUUCACCACCUGGAUCUUCUUUGGCCGUCAGAGCCUGGCGGAGUUUCUCCCAAAACAGUAGGGAGACAGCUCACAGACGGGGAUGUCCUCCAGGAAGACCAGGAUCAGGACGUCCUUAUGCUCGUCAAACAGGCGGAAGCUUGGAGGAGCAGACAGGUUGGAGGGGUUAUGACAGAUGAGUGUGCUAUGGAGCUCCAGCUUGGAGCAGCAGGGGAAAUCAAUGCUCACUCCACAGAGGAGAGUGUGUGUUUGGAAAUGUCUGGACGACUGCCUACAGCAGUAUGUGUGCGUGUUUGAGCGCGGAGGUGUGUGUGGCGAGAGGCUGCUCAGGAUCAGCCACGCCGAGCUGGAGGACCUGGGAGUGUCUCGCAUUGGACACCAGGAACUCAUACUGGAGGCCGUGGACCUGCUGUGUGCACUGAACUCCGGCCUGGAGACGGAGAGCGUGAGGACUCUGGCUCACAAGCUUGGUGCCUCAGCCAAAAACCUGCAAAACUUCAUCUCCGGACGCCGUCGCAGCAGCCAGUCAGAGAGCAGGACGUCACGGCGUCUCCCUAAUGACCUGCUGACCUCGGUGGUGGACCUCAUUACUGCCGCCAAGAGCUUGCUAGCUUGGCUGGACAGGUCUCCUUUUGCUGCGGUGGCAGACUACUCGGUCACCCGAAAUAAUGUCAUCCAGCUCUGCCUGGAGCUCACCACCAUCGUGCAGCAGGACUGUACGGUGUUUGAGACGGAGAAUAAGAUCCUCCACGUGUGCAAGACCCUGUCCGAGGUGUGCGAGCACAUUGUGUGCGUGUCGUCGGACCCGCUCGUGUCCCAGUCGGCCCACCUGGAGCUGGUCCACCUCACCAACGUCAAACCCGCCGAAGGCCUGGGAAUGUACAUCAAGUCCACCUAUGAUGGCCUCCAUGUCAUCACAGGAACUACUGAAGGGUCUCCAGCCGACCGCUGUAAGAAGAUCCACGCGGGGGAUGAAGUCAUUCAAGUCAACCAUCAGACUGUGGUGGGCUGGCAGCUGCGCAACCUGGUGGGCUCGCUGCGAGCCGACAAGGGCGUUGUGUCCCUGACCUUGAAGAAGCGUCCACAGAGCACGCUCAGCUCGGCUCCGGCCCUGCUCAAGAACAUGCGCUGGAAGCCCCUGGCUCUGCAGCCAACCAGAAGCCCGGGCAGCAGCUCGGCCACACCCUUGGACACGCCCACAAAGAGCUCCGCCCUCCAGGACCUUUACAUCCCACCCCCGCCCAUGGAGCCCUACGCCCCCAGAGACGAGACGGGGGCCUUGUCCGGAGACGAAGCGUCCCGUGGCCACAGCGGUGGCGUCGCCAAGCGAUCCGAUUCGCCCAACUCCUUCCUGGAUCAAGAGUCCCGGCGGCGAGAAGAUGAGGAGCCAGUUUACUGUACCACGCCGACAUAUGGCAGGCUCAGGCCUAUCUCCAUGCCUGUGGAGUGCAGCUGGGGGGGCGACUAUGAAGACCCCGCCAAGCUUAACCGAGAAAGCCGCAGAGAGGCGUCGCUGAUGCGCUACGUGGGCCUGCCCGGCGCCGACCAGCGACUGGGCACAGAGGACUACGCCUCCCACACGGCCCGCCCGGGCAAGCGGUCCAAUGACACGGCCAAGCGUGCCAAAAGGCGGAGCCACCACAGCCAAAGCCCCUCCCACUAUGUCCUCCAGGCAAAUCAAAGAGAGUCGCCACCAAGAGACCCCACCUCCAUUUACCACACAUACCAGCAGGCAUCUUCGAUGCAGACAAAAACUCGGAAGAAGAAUAAAGGACGCAGUUUGGCCGCCCUGAGUCGCAGGCGCGUAUCCUGCAAGGCGCUGGGCCGAGGCGACUGCGAGGGCUGGCUGUGGCGGAAGAGAGAUGCGAAGGGUUACUUUUCUCAUAAAUGGAAGAAGUACUGGUUUGUUCUGAAGGACAACUGCCUGUACUGGUACAUCAACGAGGAGGAUGAGAAAGCAGAGGGCUUUGUCAGUCUCCCAGAGUUUAAAAUUGAUCGUGCCAGUGAAUGCCGCAAGAAGUAUGCUUUCAAAGCGUGUCACCCCAAGGUCAAGAGCUUCUUCUUCGCAGCAGAUGGAGUGGAUGACAUGAACAGGUGGCUGAGUCGACUGAACAUGGCCACUGUGGGCUACGCAGAGCGAGAGCGGAUACGCCAGGAGCAAGAUUACUGGAGCGAGAGCGAGCAUGAGGAUGACGCCACCUCUAGCCCCAAACAGGACAGCCCGCCACCUCCAUAUGAUACCUACCCACGGCCCCCAUCGAUGAGCGCUUACCUGGAAGGCCGGACGACUCGACUGUCUUCCACCGAGACGUCCCGUUCCCGUUCCUCCCAGGAGGACUUUCUCUGCGGCGAGCCGUCUGUGGCGGCAGCAGCUGAGCCGCAGUACCACCCCGGCUCCAUGGGGGGCGACACCACACACAGCGGCAGGAGGUCGGGCGUGGGCAGCAGCAGUGACGUUCCGUACCGAUGUGACCCUGUGGAGUACCGUUCCAGUCCUGCAGGGGGCAGCAGCGACACCGGGUCGCCUGGCCGGUCGUCCUCGUCUCAGAGACGCUCCUGGCAGGACUUGAUCGAAACGCCGCUGACGGAAGCCGGACUGCACUACCUCCAAACAGGACCACUCGAGGAUGCAGUCUUCGUGGAGCCCAGUCCGGCUGGCUCGACGUCCAUGAUGGCCGGGGCCGUUUACACACUCCCCGCUCCGAGGAACGUACCGUUGCCCAUAGCGAUGCAGAGGCUCAUUCCUAUGGCAACCCAAGGAGGGAAACCCCGCAGCUUCACGCUGCCACGCGACAGCAACCUACACAUGCUGCUGGCGCCGCCCGCCAAAGACGAGCAGCAGACGCACAGCAGUGGCAGCGAGGGGGCGUCCCUCGGUGACCUGUUUCGUGCGUGCGAGCAAGGCGGCGUGUGUCCGCUUGGCCGGGAAUCAGAGGCCAGAGGUCAGUCGGAGUUCAGGCAGUCCUUCCUGCGGCGGACCGCCGACCCGCAGCUUAAUGAGCGUCUGAACCGCCUCCGCAUCCUGAACUCGACAUUGAAGGACAGAGAGGGGGAGCUAGCGCUGAUUGACAGGCUCUUGGCCCACCCCCAGCUGUCGUCCGCAGAGUUCCAGGAGUGGAAGCAAGCUUAUCACGAGCUCUUCUCUCUGCCACCAGUCGAGGCCGACGUGUCCGAGCCCGAGCCGCCCUUGACGCCCUCGCUCUCCCACACGCACUCAUACAUCGAGACCCACGUCUGACACACACACUCACACAAAGGUAGUGAUGGACAGUGUACUGUAGAGCGGGCCCAGGGAUGAUUGACAGGACUUAAAUGUCAUCUUUUUACGCACACGUUGAGAACAUUUUGAACAUCUUUUAUCACCCGUGGUAUGCUGCGUUCAUGUCGCGUCUUGCUGCCGUCUUUUUUUUCAUCAUCGUGGACUGAAACGGCUUCUCCAAUAUUCCCUAAAAGUUUGUGAAGGAGACUAUUUGUAUUUUUCAAGAUGAAUGUCUCAGGGCUUUUGAAAACGUGAUACAGUGGAUCCCCGCUAUUAGCAGGGAGUGACGUUGCGAGAGGCCUCGUGAAUAGCAGAUAAACGCGAGUAAUUUCAAUGCCCAUAAAAAUAAAUAAAGCCUGUGUGGUGGCGCUGCGUCUAGGCGCCACUGUACGCGAAACAGGCUCGCUCCUCCCCCUCCAAACCGUCCUGCUAGCUCGAUUUUCAAUCAACAUUUGCAAUAGAAGAGACUUGUAAUUAUGAUAUUAUGAGAUUCAGCUGCAAUAACCCUCCCCAUCUCUUUAAUUGCCACUGUUCACUCGCAAUGAAGUAAGCUAAAUGCAUAGACGCACAAUCCACGCUGAAGCCUUGACCUUUUUCUGGUGCUCUGUUUCCUGUAGAUGUGGCGCCACCAGCGGGAAGCACAAGGUAGCGCGUUGGUUCCCAUCAUGCCUUGUGUUUGCGUUGAUUGCAUCAUGAGUGAGGUAGUGGUUCGAGUUGAUGACCCCUUUUUUGUGACGUGUGGUGUGAGUGUUUGCUAAGCUACUACUAGCAGAUAAAAGAGCAUUUCCUUAAGUUUGCUUCUAGCCAUUUCCUGUCCUCAAGCUUGUCACAGUAUGUUAUAUUAUUAUGCUGGCACUUAAUGACUUGGCACUUAAAUUCGGAAUGACUUAGGGUAAAUAAGAUGGGGAACCUGCCUAUUUUUGGAGAGAAAAGGCAGAAAUGGGCAGCUUUUCCCCCCCAAAAAUGUUUUGAUUAAAAAUAUGCAGGGUCGCGAAUGCUGAAUCAUGAAUAUGUGGGGAUCCACUGUAUUAUCACAAAAGAAACCAUCCAGAACAUUAGUGAGUGUGAACGUACACAAGCACAAAGCUGAAUGCUCUCUCCAUGCUGCCAUUGCUUGUCUUUGUUGUAAAUAAGCACAGUUGUAUUUAUUUAUUCUUAGUAUAUUUUGUGUUUUAAAGCUCCAAAUGUAUUGUAGAGUGUCUUGGCUGACUAUUACCUUCUUUUUUUUUUAGGAGUGUUUCAUGCAUAAGCUAUGAAUUAAAUUAAAAAGCAGUAUUUAUGUCUGUUGGACCAAGCGGAUGGAUCAAUAAAGUUUGAUUGUUUGGAGGAGGAUGAGUUUGUGUUUAUGGUCUUAAAGGGAUGAGAUUGCAGAAACCCCGCCUCCAGUUAAGUCAGAGCCCCGCCCCCUUGCCGCCAUGCUUGGAUUUACUAUCAAUGUGUAUUCCUUCCCUUUAGUAAAUGUGAAAGUAAUGGCGACUGCUAAAAUGAAUGUUUAUUUCUGGUUGGACUGGUUUAUUUCAGGACUUUUCUAGACAAAAAUGUGUUGCUGCAACAACAAUGACCUUGUUGGGAUGUUUUUUCCCCCCCCUCUGCAUCUUUGAUUGUGCCAAACAAAAAAUCCAAAACACAGCAGAUUCCACGCUGAAAUGUAAUCAAUAAUGGCUGCUAAAUGCAUGUUUUCUUCUACGCCUUCUAGAAAGUAUUCAGCCGGCGUAUCCUCUUGCACCUUUGUGACCUUUCUCCUCUGCUUGACAACGCGGCUUAUCCUGCUAAACUUUCUGACCUUGUCCUUAAAGAUCUCUCGGCUCGAUUUUCCUUCUCAAGCUGGGGGUGUGCCGUAUGAGUAAUGCUUUUUAUGUACCUGAAUCAUGCUAAAAACUAGCUUAAUUCACACAUUGUAUGCCCAGCUUUGUCUCCCAUACGUUAGAACUGUGGAGUAAUUACUGUAGUUCAACAUGCUAGCUCCUAAUAUUAGCAUAGUGGACCAAAUAUGCAUUAAAUGGCAUUGGCCUCUGCAGAAUCUGAUCCAAAUUUGGACGCAUUUUAAUCUGGCAUUGGCAGUAAGGUGCACUCCAUUCCUGUGAGGGGUCUUGGCAGCUGAGCAAUCUCCCUCCAAUGGUCUUUCUUGGGGUCGUACUCCAGCACGCUCUUCACCACCACCUCCUGAGCGUUGCUCCAUUUUGUCCCGCCGAACACCACCAGGCUCCCGCUUGGCGUCGCCGCCAUCCCGUAGUUGAAGGUGGCGGCGAGGAGUGGCCUGAGACGCGUCCAGCGAUCCGCUCGCGGGUCGUAGCGCUCGAUGUCGCAGAAGGGCUCGUACAUCCCCAGGAGGGCGUAAAUGUAACCGUGGGCGGUUGCCAGGCGGUGGCAGAACCUGCCAAUGGACAUGGGCGCCCUCUUCUUCCAGGCUCUUCCCAUGCCGUCCCAGCGCAGAACCUCCCUGCUGCUUUGGCUCUGGCCCGGGAUCAUGACCACGCCGCUGUUGCUUGAGAGACCACCUGACACGUAGAUGUUGUGGUCCAGCACGGCACAAGCAUGGCCGUGGAGAGGGCCGGGCAAGGGCGCACCCCUCCUCCACGCCCCUGCCACCAUGUCAUAGAACUCGACAGAAGCUAGUGUGGCGGAUACGUUGGCAUCUGCAUUUUGCCCCCCGAUGGCGUAGAUGGUGUCCUCCAGGGUGCAGCAGGCGAACUUGGCCCGGCUCUGCAGCAUGGACUCCACCUGCUGCCAGCAGUCGAAGCGGGGAUCGUACCUCCACACUUGAUUGGACGUUUCCACGGUGACCGGCUUCCCGUCCGCCUCGCUCACCAGCUCCCCGCCGACCACGAAGAGGAAGCCCCCCAAGGAGCACACACAGUGGUUCCUCAGUCUCAGUGGCAGACAGGAAGUCAAAGACGCAAACGUCCUGGUUUUCAUAUUGAACGUCAGCACCUGCUGCUCCGGUCGGUCCGUGCUGGACCCUCCGCCGACGAGCAGCAUGCGAUCAGGCGGCGCCCUGAGUGUGGACUGUUUGUUCUGCCUGAUCGGCCCGGCUGAGCCUGUUCUGUGGUACUCCUGCGCCCGGGUCACCUGGCUUCUUAUCAGAGGUGUGGCCAUGGCUCUGUGGGCAUGGACAAGGUGUGCAAGGUCAGAAGGGGCGACCAAUCCGAAGCGCAGACGACUUAGCAGGAGGUUGGAUUGCAGCAGUGGGAGGGGCCCAUUCUCAUUCAGCCAAUCCAGAGCCAGUUUGACAAGCUCCACUUCUUUGACUGCGGGGAUUUCAUCGGCAUCCAGCACCGCCAUGAGCGAUUGGACGUUCAAUUCGAGGAGGUCGUCUCUUCUUUCCUGCAGCAGCUUGGCCAUCUCCGUGGCAAUGGUGUCGUUGGCGGCGUCCAGCACAUCAGGAAGCGCAUGGUGCUCCGCUAGGUUAGCGUAGCUGCAGCAGUUCUCAGCACUGAGCCCGUCGGUGAUGUAGCGCUCGCAUAUGGUCACGGCCGUGUCCACUUGCAGGUACCUCGCCGUCUCCAGAACGUCAGGGAGCGUGCUCGGUGACACCCUUAGCCAGCCGGAGUACAGGAAGUCCAAAAUGGCGUCUAAACCCCCGGGCGUCAGUGCCGGGAGCCUUAUAGACGGCGCUAAUCUCUCCGCCGUGGAGUCCCCGAACAGCGCCCAGAAAUAAUUGCUGGAGCUCGCCAGGAGGGCUCGGUGGCAGGGGAAGGAAGCGCCGUCGGUUUCCAGCACCACGUCGCACAUCUUCCUGUCCGAGCGCAGCCGCUGGAAGCGCCCGAGCAGCUCGGUUCUGUGGGACGAGCUGUAAAGGAGGGAGUAGCUCUCCAUCCAGAUUGCUGGAGGGGAUGCAAGAAAGGCAACCAGGCGCACCUAAUGUCCGCUCUUGUUGGUUGCAGCAUGCAUGCCAACUAGUGAUGGCAAGGUUCAGCGCACAAAAGUCCUGCAGAACACACCGAGGACAUCUCGUCUUGUCUGGUGUGAUGCUCUGAAUGUGCUCUUUAGUUUUUGUCCGCUGCCCUUUGGUCUGCACUCGGGUGGGAGUAUCACCCAAAUACCACACACACACACACACACACACACACACACACACACACAGAGAGGCAGGCCUGGCAGGGUUUAGCGUCUAUCCCGGCGGAUGAACUCAUUGGUAAAUACAGCUGCCUGUCUGAGUCCAAGGGCACCGUCGCCAAGGCACCUAUCUGGGCCCUCAUCGCCAUGGCGACAGGAAUAGAAACACCGACAAAACUCAACCAUGCAAACAUCAAACACAUCAUUUUUUUUGACAAGAUGGGGCCCUGAGUGUCACGACAAGGAUCUGGAUCGGGAUGCUAAGCUUGUGUGCUUAUUUUGGUGCGGGGAUAGAGUCACUUUAUCGGGUUGCAGCGUGUUUACCGUCUGUCUGAUUCAUGUUCUGCUACUGAAUGCUGUGUGCUACUGUUUGUCUCAUGCGCACAAGGCCCAUCAGCAUGCACACGGUUGUCUUCUCCUGUGCACUCACAAGCGAUUAUUUACAUAUGGUGGUGUGAUUUAUGCUUCAAAAUACGUCGAUGCACGCCUGCAGAGGUAAAUGCUCAUGCCCACAUUGGAGUGUGUGUUUGCUUUUUUUGUUAUUGUUUUUUUGGAAGAGUUGCACUGGAGCGCAACAAAAACAAGCAUCACGCCUCUUUGCAACGCCUUCUUCGCUCCCACACAAAGUCAGAUUGUCCCGUGUGGAUGUUAUCAUUGCACCCUGGCCCGAUGGAGGCUAAACUUAGCUACAGCUGCUCUGCAUUUCUCUUUCUCUCUUUAUGUGUGUGUGUGUGUGUGUGUGUGUGUGUGUGUGUGUGUGUGUGUGUGUGUGUGGCAUGUGAAGUGAUGAUAGAUAAGGGAGGUACAAAUACGUGGUCGUUAAAACAUGAUGGAUUUUGUUGUUGGCACUUGUACACAAUAUGUUGUGCGCAAUAUAAUGACAUCGAAAGCUAUAGAAAUUAAACUUGGAUAUUCGAGUAGUCAGUGUGCAGCUUGUAUAGCAGCUUGUAUAGCAGUAUAGAUAUACUGUCCACUGAAAAAGAGUCUAAAUGGCUAGCAACACAAGUGAGUACACCUCAAAGUCCAAGUGUCAGGAUUUAGGACUGCCCUUAAUCCUCUUGGGCAUGGAAUAGAGCCGAUCUGCACAGGUUGAUACUGGAUGUACGGACGUGGAUGUUAGAUACCUUGCACUCCUCCACCUUCCUUCCUUCCUUCCGCUUGAGGAUGCCCUGCAGGUGCUUAAUGGGGUUCAGGUGUGGAGGAGACAUAC